AUGUCCAAUGGAGCCCCGUCGCAGCAGCAGAUGGGGUCUGCUUUGGCCGAGACGAUCAUCGACUCGCAGGUGGCCGACCAGCUGUCGCAGGCGUGCCCAUCAUACAUCUCGAUGGUCCAGCACAGCCCAGUGUUCCCCCUCUUCCUGGCGGAACUCAGAACAUCGGCCAGCAGCAUAUGCAGCAGACGACAGCCAUUCAACAUGCAGGCAUACAUCACCAAUGACAUGCGGCUCGGCCUGGAGUGCUCCAUUGCGACGGCCCAGUCGAAUGUCAACACCUCCCUUGGCCAGCUCGCCAACAAUGUCACCUCGUCCCACUCGGAGUUCAGCAGGCAGAUGGAGCAGCGCAUCAGCACGGUGGAAACGACCCAGCUGCAGAACGGCGCGCGGCUGGACAAAGUGGACCAGCAGCUGGCGCAGAUUCGCGAAGAGCUCCGCCUUCGGCAGCUGGUGCGCCCAGGGUCCAGCACGUUCGACAGACAGAUCGACACGCCCAUCGUGGCGGUUCGCGCCCAAGCGUUGGUGUCACAGGCUGCAGUCGAGCAAGGCCUGGCUGGCUGGCUCAAGGACUGCAACAUCGGCGGCGGCGAAUGGAAGUUCGACGAAUCCGACCCGACGUCCCAGAAGUAUACGCUCCGAUUCAAAGGCGACAAGCACGUGGCUGCCCGCAAGGUCUCACAGGUCCUGGGCGCCCUCAAAAUCUCAUCCCCUGGUGACAGAGGCUCUCCCCGGUGGAGAUCGUGCACGGCCGAAAGUAUCGCGGGCGGGCCCGCGGCCUUGUUCGCGGGCCCCGGCAAGAGCAUCUGUCAGAUCAAACGCGAGCUGGGCACGAAGAAGGCGAGAACGUUGUUACAGGACCUCCACCCGCUGUUUGCAGAUAAAUUCAAUGGGGAGGUUCUGGCGGGCGGGAAGCCCAUCCUCAAGAUCUGCCCGAUCGAGGGCCAGGAGAUCCCCGAGCUCCAGUUCGCCGACGACAACAUCGCGCCCGAGCAGAUGGCGCCGGCGAGGAUCAGGCAGGCCACCGCCGAUGGCUUCGGCACCCAGACGGAGACGCG